UCCCUGGAGUCGGAGGAGGGGGAGGUAGAAGGAUUUCCGUUUCCGCUUGGGCGGGGGUUGGAGGAGGUUGCGGCUGGAGCUGGAGCCCAGCCUGUGCUUGACUGCUUCCUUUCUCUCGCCUUUGCUGCUGGAUGUGGCCUUGGAGGAGGUGCCUUAAGGGUGUGCUGUAGAUGAGGGGGUGGAGGAUAUGCCUGGUGGGGAAUUUUCUCCACCCCCUCCGUGAGUGCCUCUCUCAGCAGCUCCAGGACUAAAGCCCUUUUAAGUUCCUCAAAGAAUCGCCUGGCAUCCUUUCUUCCGUUUCGGGCAGUGCACGGUCUCUAGAGGGUGCCCCCAUCGCUCUCCAGACCAGUGCUGUAAAUUUCUGCCUGCUUCCCUCGCUGCGCUUGCCAAAUGCAUCUUUGCAAACCCAGAAGCAGCCCUGUGCCAAUGCUCUGUGGAUGGGCCUGGCGUUAGAAUGGUGCCUGCAUUUCUGUGACGAGGCCAACCCACCCGGGUAAGGAGGUUGCAUAGGGGCGUCGGAGGCUGGGCAUGGAGGACUCUGACCAGAGGUUGGUGCUGGGUAUGAACAUGGGUGAUGGGCGGGAAACACCUCCCGGGGAGCUGAGGACACCCACCGAAGAGGGAGAGGGGCAAAGGACACCUGUGCCUGAAGCCAUCUGUGACGGUGGCAGCGGUGAUGCCAAAACUUCCCAGAGGAAAGAAGAGGAGCAGGAGGAAGAGGAGGAGCUUGACCCCCGCAUCCAGGAGGAGCUGGAGCACCUCAAUCAGGCCAACGAAGAGAUCAAUCGAGUGGAGCUGCAGCUGGAUGAAGCCCGCACCACGUAUCGGAGGAUCUUGUCAGAGUCUGCCAGGAAGCUGAAUGCCCAGGGCUCCCAGUUGGGGAACUGUAUCGAGAAAGCACGCCCCUACUACGAGGCCAGGCGCUUGGCCAAGGAGGCACAGCAAGAGACCCAGAAGGCUGCCCUGCGGUACGAGCGAGCUGUCAGCAUGCACAACGCGGCCCGGGAGAUGGUUUUCGUGGCUGAGCAGGGGGUCAUGGCCGACAAAAACAGGCUGGACCCCACCUGGCAGGAGAUGCUCAACCACGCCACGUGCAAGGUGAACGAGGCCGAAGAGGAGCGUUUGCGAAGCGAACGGGAGCACCAGCGUGUCACCCAGCUCUGCCAGCAGGCCGAGGCCAAGGUGCAGUCGCUGCAGAAGUCCUUGAAGCGGGUCAUUGUGAAGAGCAAGCCCUACUUUGAGCUGAAGGCCCAGUUCAACCAAAUCCUUGAGGAGCACAAGGCCCGGGUGACGUCCCUGGAGCAGCAGGUAGGCCAGGCCAAGAUGCGCUACUCUGUGGCCUUGCGGAACCUGGAGCAGAUCAGCGAACAGAUCCACGCCCGGCGGCUCCAGCGCCUGGUUGGUCGGAGGGCUUCCCCGGUGGGCGCCGAAGCCAGCCCGGCGCUGCUCUACGGGGGGGCGGCGCUGCCCCCCGAGCCAGCCGCCUCCUCCUCCGACACGCUCUCGGUGCUCAGCUUCCAGACCAUUGCCUCCGACCUGCAGAAAUUCGACUCGGUGGAACACCUGCUGGGGCUGUCCGACGCCGCCAGCCUCAACAGCGACGAGCUGGAGGAGCGGGAGCAGCGCCGCGAAGCCCAGCCCCACCCCUUCAAGCACCACCGCAGCAUCAGCCUCUGACAUGCCCCCACCACCACCCCUCCCCUCUCUGCUGCAGUCCCUUUCGCCCCCGACCUCCUGGGGAAAUGGGGAGAAGAAGAAGGGGUCAGGCGUGAAAGGAAUGAUCACGCAGAGAAAGGCAGGUCUUGGGAGCACAUUGGUUAUGCUGGGCCCGUCUGCUGAAGUGCGGCCUGUGGGGCUGAAUCCCCCCCCCCCCCGCAAUUUGCAGCCUUUGGUGCAACCCAGACGCCCUGCCGUCCUCUGCUGCCGGCACUUUGGGGCGCACCCAGGCCCCAGUGGCUUGGAAACUUUGAGCAUUUUGCUGGCCCCCAUUCAUCCAGUCACUAUUUUCCCCGCCCCUUAUUUCCCCCUCUCCCCUCGCCACCAGCAUGCACCUGUUUCCUGGGAGCACUGUAUGCUGGGGACAAUUCUGUGCCCCUGCACAUUUCACCUUAGGUUUGUUGGCUUAUUAGCGACGCCAUCAUCUUUCUCCAGGUGUGCUGGAGCGCUUGAAACGGAGGGAAGGAAAGCAGGGAAGGAAACAACGCUGCUGUUUCUUUCUCUUUUUACAUGAUUGGUUUUGGAGUGGCUGAGUAGGUGCUGAGAAGAAGACUUUUUUAAAAAAACCCUCUGUCUGUUUACAUGAUUGGUUUUGGAGUGGCUGAGUAGGUGUUGAGAAGACGACUUUUUAAAAACCUCUGCCUGCAUUUUAGAGAACCUCCCCAGUCUGCUUCCAAUGGAUUGCCACCAGAGACUGUGAUAUAGAAAGAUAAUCCUUUUUUAAAAAAAGAAACGGAACUCUUGCGCUCCCUAUGGGCCUUUUUUUUUUUGACAUACACUACAGUAAAAUGAGGCAUGCCAUUCAUUUAUCUCACCCCAGCAACAGAUAUAGAACGGCAGGCACCAGUCUCUUUAUAGCUUCUCCAGUGUGGAGACGCAUGAUCUGCUCUCGGUGCAGAAGCUGGGAAGAGAGACUGGCAGCCUGAGGGUGCCUUUCAGCGCUACCACGAGAGAAGACAGUCGGCAGGAGGCUCCCUCCGUCGAGACAUCUCCUACCUAUCUAACCCACUUGGUACAUCCCUGUUAGCCCCAGUCAAAAGAUGGGAGGCACUUUUGCUCCAUGGCAAUGACAUUUGCACUAAUUUAAGUAGCAAACGGUGGGUCUGGAAAGCCUUUCUCUCUUCUCCCUCCUCAGUGGUCUCCACAGGCCCCCGUGUCUCUGUUUUCUGGGGAUGGGGGCGGUUUUGGCCUCUCGGAACAAAUUUGCUAGACCUUGGCUGUGAUGAGAACCAGUUGCUGGUUUGAGGCAGCCUGAUAGCGACUCUGUGUGUGUGCGCGUGGGUGUUUGUAUGACCGGCUUCUGAUGUGUAUUUUAUUUAAAGUAAAGUUUAUGCCCUAUCAAAAGAA